GAUGGCGGGGACCGUGGCCGAGCGGGACGCGCCGAAAAUAGAGGACGGGCAUUUAAACAACUCCCUGGGAUCCCCGGUGCAAGCUGAUCUGUGCUUCCCUCGCCUGAUCGUCCCCUUCUGUGGGCACAUCAAAGGAGGAAUGAGGCCAGGAAAGAAGAUCUUAGUUAUGGGAAUAGUGGACCUCAAUCCCGAGAGCUUUGGCAUCAGUCUGACUUGCGGGGAAUCAGAAGAUCCUCCUGCGGAUGUAGCCAUUGAACUGAAAGCUGUGUUUACAGACAGACAGUUUGUCAGAAACUCUUGUGUUGCUGGAGAAUGGGGGGAAGAGCAAUCGUCUAUCCCCUACUUUCCCUUUAUACCAGACCAGCCUUUUAGGGUUGAGAUACUUUGCGAGCACCCCCGGUUUAGAAUAUUUGUGGAUGGACAUCAGCUCUUUGAUUUUUACCACCGUAUCGAAACGCUGUCAGCAAUUGACACGAUAAAGAUAAACGGAGAUCUUCAGCUUACGAAACUCGGCUGA